CCGAAACUGCUGGAAAUCUGUGUAAUGCACGGACUCUUGGCUUAGAUACGAGAGUGAGAAAUGCAGCGACAAGGCUAUCAGAUGAAAAGCUUCUCGCUAAAUUAAGUGAAGGAGAUAUUGUGGCAAUCGAAGCACGAUACCAUAAAAGUUGUUUUAUAGCUCUCUAUAACAAGCUUCGUGUGACAUGUUCGCCGCUACUAGCAGAUUUUGAAAACGACAUUCUUUACGUUAUAGUCGUGACUGAAGUUGUAGAAUACAUAAGGGAAUGCAUUACAUCAUCAGAAGAUAUCACGCUUGUUUUUAAGCUCAGGGAAAUAAAGACGUUG